AUGGGCACAGCCGCCAGCAACCAGGAUGAAGUUCAAGAAUAUUCAGUCAAAGUGACCCCGGAGCUUGAGGCGCCACCAGAUCCACCGGUAGUGGCUGAGUUGGUAUCACCGGAAGCAACCGAUCUAUCUGGGGAGUCGGACAGUGAGGAGCUGGCUCUAGAAGGAGCGUGGUGCCAGACACCAAUGCCGCCGCGGCAGCAAUUUUCGAAGGAAUCAUCCGCGCUCCGAAGCCUGGGGCCAGCGAAGCCGCAAUCGGAAGCAUCAUGGCUCCCAAGCCAAAGCCAAACCCUAGGGCCGGUAAAAGGAGCUUCGGAAGCGUCGUGGCUCCAAAGCGAAACCCAAAACCAAAGUCUGGGGCCGAAGCGGCCACCUUCAGAGGCACCGUCUCUCCAAAGCCUCGGGCCACCAACGCCAACGAAGCCCCAUCCUUUAAUGUUUAACUACUCGUUGAGCACCACUUCUGGUUCUGGCACUACCUUGCGGGAUUUGGUGGUGGGCGGCUCCGCCCACAGCUCUGAGAGGUCUUUGACCAAGAGUGAGAGGCACAACUCUCGUAGAUACUCGGACGUGGACAAGUCAAUGGUCCGGGGCAUCUCGCUGCGACGGUCUCUGGGUGGCCUUGGCCGCUUGUGGCGCUUUGAUCCAAGCACCUGGCAGCCCCAGCAGCGGGGGGAGCUCUAUGCCAUGUCCUCACCGGCUAUGUUUUUUAACAUUUUCAUCUCGCACACUUGGCUGACCCCUGGCCGCUGGAAGAUCCUCUCGCUGUGGCUGCAAUGCGGGUGGCCUUUUGCGCUUGCAUUCUGGUGCAUGGGCGUCUUCACAUCAUUCGUGCUGUGUGCUUGGGACAUCCUCCCCAUGCCUUUGAGCUAUCAUUCCACCCUUUCAUCUGAAACCUACCCCAUGGGCUUUUGGAUUGUUUCAUGCAGCACCCUGUCAACGUUCUUCGGGCUGAUGUCGGCCCCAUACUGGCCGGACCGCUGCUGCAAUGAUACCUGCUUCAUUGAUGUGGCAAGCAUCCACCAGGUGGAUCAGAAGCUGAUGGAGCGAGGGGUAUACGGAAUUGCUGGCUUCUUGCGCAUCUCUCAAGAGCUGCGGAUCUUGUUUUCUGGCCCGUACUUUUCAAGGCUAUGGUGUAUAUUUGAGAUAGCCGCCUACAAGAAGGUCAAUCCCUCAGGGAAGAUCACGUUUCGGCCGCUCUUAUUUGAAGCUGUGGUUGUCGGGCUGCUGCUGUCCGCAUAUUGCUUCUGCUACAUAUACCUGGCGUGGACGGCCAUUGAUGCUUUCGAGCCAGAGACCACUGCCUGGGCUUACACUGCUUUCGCAAGCUGGUUCGUCCCUCUAACCAUUGCCAGCUACGGGCUGAGAAUGCUGUUCCGGAGCAAGUACAAUCUGCUCCAGGAGCUGGAGGAGUUCGAUCUUGACAGCGUACAGUGCUCGAAGCAAUUCGAUCGGGAUUUCAUCCACUCAGCUAUCGUGAAGUGGUACGGCAGCAAGCAGGCUUUCACAAGUUAUGUGAGAUACGGCCUGAAAGAGGAGCUGGCUUCAACAUUGUUUGCUGCCAAGCUUCCUUACGAGUACUUGCUGCUUAUCGCGACUCCCACUAUCAGCCUCUGUCUUGAGUUUCUCCUUGCUAGCUGGAAGGGUGGUGUGCCACUUGAGCACUUGGUGUCCUACAGUGUUGUCGUCAUUCUGGCCUUGGGAGUGUUCUGGAUAGCCGCAGCGGUCAUGCUAAUGAUCUAUCUUUGCGACUACUUCGCCCCAUGCCAGUGGGGCCUAUGUGAUCACAUAUUGACUGUGAUCAUCAUUUGUCUAGUCACUGGCUUCGUGAGUGCGGGCACUCAGCUGGCAGCCUAUGCCUUUGACUUUGGCGUGGAAGGUGCUGUUUUGUAUCUUUGUGCUUCUGUAGUUAUGGCGGGUUCGGUGAAGUGGCUGGAAGGCAAGACAGGUCGCCCCAGCACGCCUGCCCGCAAACCAGGAGAGAUGGCAGGCUGA